CGAACAGCUGUAGGAGGGGCUUUGUCAGAUGCGGAUUGCAUUAGGUAAGGCCAUUAGUGUCCCAUGGAUUAUUGUAAUCCAGCCUCUCUAGCACUGCUAGCUCCGCUGCUCAGUCUGCAGUCGGUGUCUUCUGGUUUGGGAGCAGGUUGGAAGAUGGCUCUCUACGCGCUUCAUUUUCUGCUGGCCCUCCUCCUGGGAGCUAACGUGUUCAUCAGCAUUCACGCUCAAGAGGUGGCAGUGUCUGAGGUGUGGACAAGCAGAUCUUGCAAAUGUGAUUGUGAAGGGGUUGAAUCCCCGACUGAGUUUUCGACCAUUGGGGCCGGAUCUUCCAUGGUGCGAGGAGUGGACUGCAUGCCAGAGUGUCCGUACCACAAGCCUCUGGGCUUUGAGGCGGGGUCAGUGAGUCCAGACCAGAUCACCUGCUCCAGCCAGGACCAGUACACCGGCUGGUUCUCCUCGUGGCUCCCGAGCAAAGCGCGGCUCAACACCCAGGGCUUCGGCUGUGCCUGGCUGUCUAAGUUCCAGGACAGCAACCAGUGGCUGCAGAUUGACCUGAUGGAGGAGAUGGUGGUGUCGGGGAUUCUCACUCAGGGCCGCUGUGACGCUGAGGAGUGGAUCACCAAGUACAGCCUUCAGUACCGCACGGACGAAAAACUCAACUGGAUCUAUUACAAGGAUCAGACCGGCAACAACCGGGUGUUUUAUGGAAACUCUGACCGCUCCUCGUCCGUGCAGAACCUGCUGCGGCCGCCCAUCGUGGCGCGCUACAUCCGCAUCCUCCCCCUCGGGUGGCACACACGCAUCGCUCUGCGCAUGGAGCUGUUGCUCUGCAUGAACAAAUGCAUCUGAAUCUGCCCCUGAAUCUUCAUCGAUACCUAACCCCCCUCCAACCCCCCCGUCGUGUUGAUUUCGUGUUCUGUUAUUAAACCCACAGAUUAGUCCCCCUCUGACUACACGUAUAGAACCACAAGUUGAAGAUAGCAAACAAAACAGUUUGACUGAUGUGAUCUGAUUUAAAUGUUUGUUCGAAGUGCUCAACGAGCACUCAGUCCUCUCUCCAUUGUCUGCGUUCAGUCAGUCUCAUGGUGGGGCCUUUUAUGUUCUCAAUAGAUUGUUCCAAUGAAUUUUGCCAUGAAAUGGCAUGAAUUCAAAGCAAUAAUUAGGCAUGGAGAGGGAGAGGCGGCGUUGCCAUGGAGGUUGUAUCCAACGGUCUUAAACAAGCUCUUCCAAAACAUUUGUGUCCUCCUGUGAAGUUGUGUCUGCUUGUCCUAAUAUUUAACAGUAAACAGAGACCUCUCGUCCUUAUUUCACCCAAAGGAAAUGGCUGGUGGCAGUCUACAUGUUUCUCACUGUCAACAAACCAACAAAAGGCGUACUUAUUAUUUAUUGACAUCAUCCCCCAAAAACGAUUAGAAACAGAUCGAUGAACUGCGUUGUUGCAUCUGUGCGACAUGUGCCCUCGUCACACAGAACACAGGCACAGAAGUUUGUUUUGAGUCAAUAACAGACACCAUCCUGCUGCUCUAAAUACUCCAUGGUUCCAUGGGUAAUAAACGUGAAUCCACAGCUUUGUCUCCAACAAAUGCACCAAUCAUUCAUAUUUGGGGAAAGCUUUCACAAGACUAAAGUGCCCAACUGCUUCAUGGAAAUCACUCUUUGUUCACUGAAAGUAUAUCAAUUUGACCCCCAUUUGAUUGUCGUCUUUGUUCAGUGUCAGACGUGAACAGUCCCAACAAAGGAGCAAGGAAGUCUUGAGAAAUGACUUUUUGAUCCUUUGAUGGAAUUUGUUGAUAAUAAGAAAAGUGUGGAAUAAUGUCAGACUUUUUCUUUAAAUACGCCUGUGAUCUCACUUUCUGUCUUAGUUUUUACAGACAUAAAUCCCCGGUGCUAUAAAAGGGUUUCAUUUUCAAUUCAGUUUCUCGUGACACUUUGAGAAUACACUGCAACGUGUUAUGUA